GUGGAAGGAAACGGGCAACACUUGUCUGAGCGAAAUUAUUUUUUUCAUUUCCUUCCUUGUGUAAUUUGUUGAUUGAUUGAUCACAAAUAGUACAUUUGCAUUUUUCCUUGAUAAAUAAUUUAUUGAUAUAGAAAUUUCUGUGAUAUAGAUUAUACUCAUUAUUUAUACAAUAUGUCGAAUCCUUGGAAGAAAGUUGCAGCUCCAGCUGAUGUACAAAAUUUGUCUGAUAUUAUGUCAGAGCAAUACGCAAAAGGCCUUCAAAUAAAAGAAGAGAUCAAGUUUGCUGAAGAAAUAGGAACAUCGUUUCAAACGGACGAGCAAAUAAGCAGUGAAUCUAAUGAUAUAUCUCCGGAGAUAUUAAAGCAAAUUGAAGAGUCAAAUGUGAAGGAGUUUUGCGACUCUGACGCUAUUAUUGCAAAAGUGUUGCAAUGUCAAUUCGACAAAGAAUACGAUGAUGAAAUCAAGAGAGUGGAGAAGAAGCGCAAUGGAGAAGCCAAGGUAUCUGUUUCGUAUGAGAACUACCGACACGUUCCCGACCAUUUAGUAUACGAUUCUGAGGACGAUGAGGAUGUUGAAGUUACUGCCAAGAAGGAUUGGGACCGUUUUGAAACAAACGAGAAAGAGUUUGCGAGCCUUCCUAAAAGAGGUUUUAUAAUGAAGGAUGGUGCAAUGGUGACAAAACAUGACAGUGUUAUCAAUGGUAGACGGAAUGCUUGCCGUGUUAUGGCAUUUCCGCCGGAAGUGUGCACUGGUGAUGGAGCUGGAUUCGAUAUGAAAUUGUCCAAUUCUGUGUUCAAUCAUUUAAGAGAGAGUACGAGACAACACCAGUCCCGCAAACACAAAAUGUUGGAUAGAAAGGAAAGCCAUGCCACAGCUGAAAUGGGACUGGAUGAACCAACUAGGUUAAUUCUAUUUAAACUUAUCAAUAAUGGUCUGCUGGAAGAUAUCAAUGGUGUGAUUUCCACUGGCAAAGAAUCUGUUGUUUUGCAUGCCAAUGGAGACACUUCAUAUCCAGACUUGGUGAUCCCAAAAGAAUGUGCAAUCAAAGUAUUUAAGACAACCCUGAAUGAGUUCAAAACGAGAGACAAGUACAUAGAGGCAGACUACCGUUUCAAAGAUAGAUUCUCAAAGCAAAAUCCAAGAAAAAUUGUGCACAUGUGGGCAGAGAAAGAGAUGCACAAUAUGAUGCGAAUGCAAAAGAUUGGACUGAAUUGUCCCGAUAUGAUUUGUUUGAAGAAGCAUAUUCUAUUGAUGUCUUUUAUUGGAAGGGACAAUAAGCCAGCUCCGAAACUUCGUGAUGUGAUCCUUAAACCUGAAAAAUGGCAAAGUGUGUACAAUGAAGUGGUUGAUGCUAUGCACAAGUUGUACAAUGUUGGUCACAUGAUCCACGCUGACUUGUCAGAGUACAAUAUCUUGUGGUGGGAGAACAAAUGCUGGUUUAUUGAUGUAUCCCAAUCUGUGCAACCUGAUCAUCCCAAUGGAUUGGAGUUCUUGCGCAGGGAUUGCCGCAAUAUAUGCAAUUUCUUUGAGAAGAAAGGAGUAGCAGACAUGAAAUCUGUGGAUGAACUAUUUAAAUAUAUUACUGGUUUCGAUGAAGUUGAUGUUAACCUACUGGAGGGGGUUCACACAACCUACAAUUCCCUGUCAUCCCGCUUUGAGAUUGCUCUAGAUGACAACAGAAACACCAGCUAUCCAUUUGAGUACUGCUGGCAGAAGACCAAUGAAGGAAAGCAGACGAAAAAUGAUGACAGUGAUGAUGAUGAGUUUGAAGAAAUGUGGACACAUUCUGUCAAGUCUAAGAUUGACACAGCAGCUAACUUUGGAAACCUCUUAGAAAUUGAUGAUGAAAAGAUUCAACAUGACAAAAAGACAUUAGAUGAAGGAAAACCAUCCAUUGUUGAUAACAUCCAUUUUGCAGAUGAAUUGCAAGUAACUGUGCCUGUGGAUGGCAUAGGUGGUAACAGUAGUAAACACAAAAAGUCUUAAUCAAGUUGAGAAAAUAUUUUGAUGAAAUUAAAAAAAAAAGUAUUCUUGAAUACAGAAAAAAUACAGGUGUAACCAUUUUGUUGUAUGUUAAAUAUUGAAGAGAUAAGUGUAUCCAACCAAAUCAUAUAUUUUAGGUAAAUGGUUGAGUAAAAAAUAAAAAAAAGCAUUUUUUGUGCAAGUUUUAUUGGAAAUAAAACUGGGAUUUGAUAUAUAA